GUCAUGUUAUGAAGCUCUAAUAAAUUUAGAAAUUCUUUUAAGUUGGAUCUUUUUCAAAAUUUUCGUUUCCCAAAAAGUUUACCUAUUGUUAUGGAAAUGACAUCUCUGGCCCCUAUUCUUUUGGCGUGCUUCGUGCACUUGGCGCUGCACACAACGUUUUUCAUCCAUCUAGAUCCAGAAAUCUUUUCGAAUACACCCAUUAUAGGAAGUCAGUUGUUCUAUCUUUCGGUGUUGGACCUGAUGUGCCACUGCCAGUUGAUACCAGGGCACUGUAUCUUUUUGCCUUCGUGGGCCAGGAUCGUUCUGGAGACGAUCGCUGUGUUUCUCAUCAGCGAAAUGACCAUGGCCGUGGUAUGGCUCACCACGGAGAUAUAUCUCCGUGAGCUGAUUACUGGGGUCAUUAUUGCAUCGGGACUCGCCACAAGCUUCCCCUCUGAGAGGCUUAUCCUGGAAAUUAUUACCGUAGUACUCAGUAUUUUGUUUUCGGUGAUAGUGGCAGCGUUCACAAAUCAACCGUCCACCGCGCAAAAACUUGGUCGUAAGAUCGGAAGCCUGCCAAGUGGCUUUAUUCGCCAACAAGGAUCUCUAUAUUAAUGAUACACUCAACGCUGCAUGUAAACGUAGAAAGGGGUCAAUAAAAGGCUUUCUACCAGGCGAAGAAUAAU